AUGGGGUUUUCUGUGGAUAAAGAAUCAGACUUUGAGUCUAUGGAAGGUUCUAAUCUUAGAGGUUCCUUUUGUCGUGACACAAAGCAAGCUUUGGAAUUCUUGUCAUGGACUACUUCAGUGAUUCUUUUGGAAGUUCCUUGUACGGUUAGGUUUAAAUCCCUCAAAACCUUGUGCGUUGAUCGUGUGAGGUACGCAGAUGAGGAAUCUUUCGUCAGGCUUAUAUCUAGCUCCCCUGUUCUUGAAAAUUUGAUUGUACAAAGUUGUAGGGACGACAAUGUGGAUACUUUCACCAUUAAUGUGCCUUCCCUUUUGAGGAACCAAAUGGAAUGGUUGGGAAUCUCUUACCUUUGUAAAACGUCUGUCUCUAACCUUAGAUUAUAUGGUAAUUCGUUCUUCUCCUCUGGUUUUGCUGAGUAUCCUAUUCGUAGCGUUUUCUUUCAGCUUGUAUGUUUGGAGUUCUGCGGAAUUUGUGAGGACUGGUCGAAGGAGCUUGUACAUGUGCUCCAACAUUCCCCUAUAUUACAGAUUCUCAAGCUUGAUAGGAUACAGGACGCUGGGGAAAAGGUUUGCUGGAUUGAGCCGAGUUGUGCUCCUGAAUGUUUGUUGUACAAUCUCAAAACCUUUGAGUGGACAGACUAUGACGGAACAAAAUUUCAAAAAGAAGUGGCUAUUUAUAUCUUGAAGAAUGCAAGACGAUUAGUGACCGCAACUGUCUGCCCUUUCUCAAAGGCAAGCCUUGGCAAACAACAAAUAUUUGACGAAUUGGAAUUUGCAACCAGGGGUUCAAGAGCAUGUGAGCUUACAAUUGCUCUAUAG